AGUAUGAUGUGAAUCCUGAAACCUAUAGACAAAGGUUUCGUUCCCUGUAUGUUCAUCCUGAUGAGAGCCCUAAAGAACUUUAUGUGAGGCUGAAAGAACUGUAUGGAAAAUGGAUUCUACCCAGAGGUGUGGAUAAAAGAGCAUGAUCCAAAAUCAGCUGCAGAAGCCUCCAGCCUUGCAGAUGUGUUUGUGGCUGCUCGUGGGAAGGGCCAGCCAUGGAGUAUUGCCUCAUUUAAAGAGAAGAACACCGGCAAGCCAGCACCAUCUCGGCACCACCAGGGUUCAGCAACAGGUGUGAGUAAAAUCUCAAGAACUGAGCAGCCUGCCAAUGCUCCUAAUAAACUUGUUAGAAAAAUCCCUGUUUGUUAUCUUUGUGGGAUGGAAGGACACAUUAAACCCAUGUGCCCACAAAAUCCUUUAAAACUGACCCAGAUGUGCUUUGUGCCAUGCAAAAGCCCAGAUAUAAAACAAGAGAGGCAAUCUUUAAUGAAAACUACCACAGUAAUAAUCAAUGGAAGAAGACUUAAAGCAUUGAUAGAUACUGGCAGUAAUCAGACUUUGGUUCACAGACAGUUUGUACCAAGUGGUAUAUGUCCUUAUGGGACCAUCUCAAUCUGUUGUGUGCAUGGUGAAGAGAGGUCUUACCCUACUGCUGACAUUUUUAUUGAAGUAGAAGGACAAGCAUAUCUACUGAAUGUAGGUGUGGCUGAUAACUUGCCAUUCCCUGUAGUUUUGGGAGAAGACCUGCCAGUGCUCUAUGAUCUGUUAAAACAAUCAAAGGACUGUAAUUUGGCUAUUACAAGGGCUAAAGCUAAAGAAAUUAAUGAGCACCUUCCAAGUUUGAGUACCUUACCUUUCUUUGAUGCUGACUUAGAAUCUGAACCCGGGAGAUCUAAGAAAUCAAGGAGUCAAAGAAAGCAGGAGAAGUUCAGAGGUACUGUUAUAAAGGUGCCUGCAGAUGCUACCCCUGAUGUACCAUUGGGAUUUCAGAUGCCCACAAACAUCAUUCAAAUGCAGCAGAAUGACCCAACAUUGUCAAUCACUUUGUUACAAGCUAAGCAGAGGAAUCCUGAGGGUGAGCUUUGCAACAGCAAAGAGGGGUAUUUUUUACAGAACGGCAUACUUUACCAUCAGUGCGGUCAGGCUAAACGCCUAGUGGUCCCUCAAGAGGCCCGAGAGGUUGUACUAAAUCUGGGCCAUUCAAUUCCCUGGGCUGGCCACCUAGGGAAAUGCAAGACCACUAGUCGUAUUAAACGUCACUUUCACUGGCCUGGCCUGCAUUCAGAUGUUGCAAAAUUCUGUAAGAGCUGCCCCCAGUGUCAAAAAACUUCAAUUAAAGGCCCCUCUAAAGUUCCACUUCAGCCCCUGCCUGUGAUAGGCACGCCAUUUGAACGUCUCGGAAUGGACAUUGUCGGCCCCCUGGAAAAGAGCCGUUCAGGCUAUCGGUAUAUGUUGGUGAUCACAGAUUACGCAACCAGAUACCCUGAAGUCUUUCCACUGAAGACAAUGAAGAGGACAUCAGGGAAAGGCUCUGAAGAGGACAGCAAUCUUGGAUCUUCUUGCGGGUAUGCACAGCUUAACAUGGCCAAGAGCAAAAAGCUGUCCAAAGACACUCAAGACAAAACUGUUGACUUCCACAAGGGUGGAAAGGGCUACUGGGAUUUUGCCAAGCAGCUUGACUGGGGCUUUGUGCCAGAUGUCACCUCGUGGGGUCUCUAUGAUCCUAAGAAAGAUGCGGCAGCGGCCGCUCCUAGAGUCCCUGUAGUCCCAGAGGACUUAGAACAAGCAGGAGUUCAGAUCCAAGCAGUUGAAGGAAGGCAGGAUAAUCCAGAGGGUGAAGCCAAAGCCGGUGCUGAGGAUGUGCUCAGGGUUCAGAACCAGGAGAUCAGAAGGAAAGAUGUCGAAGAAAAAGAUAGGUUGGUGACAGGAAGCAGCUCUAAGUUCAGUAAACAGAAUAAUCUGGCUCUUACUGGUAGCAGGCAGGUUAAAUCAAGGCAGGAGCAGGUGGAGCAGAUGAGCAGUAAUAAGAAACUGGGCAGGGUUAGACAGGUGGAUGAAAUGAGUGAUAAAGCCAGUCAUCAGCGCCAAGAUCAUGACACAUCCAGAGAGGACAAUGCUGAGGUGCUUCAGAAUGAUGAGGGUCCCUUAGGAGUGCUUCAGGUCCUAUCCUCUGACACACCUGUUGAUCCAUGUAAUGCUGUAGAGAUUGGCGGCUCCACCACACCCUGUUCCCCAGCCUCCAAACAUUUCUGUGUUUCAGCCAUCCACAGUCAGCUGGAUCGUUCUGCGUUCAGCUCACUCACACUGAUUCUCUUCAGGGAUGAAACAAUCUUCAAAAAGUACGCAGUCAGAGUAACUUCAGACCACUCUCUAAAUGAUGCAAAGAUUUCACUCACAGUGGCUGAAAAGGAGAGCUCUGUGCUGUUAAGCGUGGAAAACUCUGGUCUCCAACGAGUUUAUUUCACCCUUCAGAACUUUGAUUUUGUGGAAAACAUUUUCACCAUCAGAGACUGCGAUGGAAACCUUAUCAGAACAAUCACAGACCACCUUCUCUUGCCUGGUGACUCAUACGAGAUCAAAAUCAAUUUCACCUCUGACCACCCUGGCUUCUAUGAGCAAAUCCUGGUUUUUAAAUUUAAGAGAGGCUAUGACCAUCCAGAAUUUUUCGAGAUUAUGCGCCUCUUGGAGGUUGAAUUUCAAAUAGCUCAGAGUGAGAAGGACUGUCUUCAUGGCUCAGAGGUUAUGAAGAGGUUUCAGACUGCAAACAGGAGACCUUUUACUCGCGGUGAGAACUUUGCUACACCGGUGGUGCAUCUCAAGAAAUACCCCAUGACCAAGAACUUUCGAGAAAAUAAAGAAAUACAAGAGAUUUUGAGGUCAAAUCCCCUCAACUGGGGGAACUACAGCAGGAGAUUUCAUCUACUGCUUCAUCUCGAGGAGUACAAGAUCAGGAAAGACAUUCACCAAUGCAGCCUGAAUAAAGUGCCUCUCACCUUUUACGAAAUGGACAAGAACGUGUUGGUUGUAAAGGCAGAACAUUUCUUGAACAAGUCUCUGACAGUGCUGACUGGAUGUAUAGUUGAGGUGACUCCUUUGAAGCAGAAGAUGGACAAGGUUUUCUACAAAGGAUGGGUCGAUGAUGUGGAUGAGGAACAAAUCUACUUAAGAAUUUAUGAAGACCUCCCAGAAGAUUUUCAAAAUGAAGUGGCCUGCAGCCUUGUGUUUUUACUCCAUCGAAUGCCACUGCGGAUUCAGCACAGAGCAGCAGAUUUAGUACGCAAACAUCAGCUGAGGGAUCUAGUCUUCCCUACACAACAUUCAUGUCUCGCACCUCCAAUCCCCAAAUUAAUAAGGUGGGCAUGCAUGCUUGAAAGCAACCCAGAGCAGUGCAGAGCUGUUGAACACAUACUGGCCCGUUCUGCAAAACCUGCUCCUUACCUGAUAUUUGGUCCACCAGGCACAGGCAAAUCAGUAACCUUGGUUGAAGUCAUCAAGCAGAUAGUGAAAACACAAGACUGCAACAUCCUAGUUUGUGCACCAUCCAACAGCGUAACGGACCACCUCUGUAAGAAGAUCCUAGAAGAAAACAUUGUCCCCCGCCAAGUGUUUCGCCUGUACUCCUUAAGCUACAACGCAAAUAAGAUCCCGGAAAGCGUGAAGGAACACUGCAGCUUUGAUGGUACAGAAAACUAUUUUGAAAUACCGACCAAAGAGGAGCUGAUGAGUUACAAGAUCAUGGUGACCACCCUUCAAUCUGCUGGAAGGCUAGUGACAGCUGGGGUUCCUCCAGGCUAUUACAGUUACAUCAUUGUGGAUGAGGCGGGCCAGGCUAAAGAACUAGAAUGUUUGAUUCCAAUAGCUGGAUUGCUGAAACCAAAAACAGGCCAAGUAGUUCUGGCUGGAGACCCGAAACAGUUAGGCCCCGUCAUCAUCUCAACUAUCGCAGAAAGAUUUGGCCUGGGGGUCUCCUUCCUGACGAGGCUGAUGACAGAAGUAGAACUGUACAGACCGGACAAGACAAACGGCUACAACAGCUGCUUUGUUACUAAACUGCUGAAGAACUACAGAUCUCAUCCUGCCAUUCUGAAAAUUCCCAAUGAGUUAUUCUAUGAUGCCGAACUCCAACCCUGUGGUCACCUUGAGAAAUCCUUGUACAAUGACUGGGAACUGCUGCCUAGGAAGAAUUUUCCUGUGAUCUUCCAUGGGGUGGCAGGCAGGAAAAAACACGAUUUCCCCAGCCCAUCUUCUUACAAUAUGUUUGAGGUGGAUAUUUUGAAGGAAUACUUGAAAUCUCUGAUCAGCUUUCGCCACAAAAAGGGCCUGAAGACGAUUGAACCGAAAGAAAUUGGCAUUAUUUCUCCAUACAAAAAACAAGAACAGAAAAUCAAAGCAGCCCUUCGCACAGACAAGGACCUAGUCCAAACUGACGUGGAAAACAUCCUAGUUGGCACAGUCGAGAUGUUUCAGGGCCAAGAGCGUGAUGUUAUCUUGGUGUCAACAGUGCACAGCACUCCCAGACUGGAUGCAGCUGAGCAAAACUUUAGCUUGGGCUUCGUGAAAGAUGAGAAGAGGUUCAACGUGGCAAUGACUAGAGCCAGAAACCUACUGAUUGUGUUGGGAGACCCCAGAGCCCUGGAAACGGAUCCAGUGUGGAAAAAGUUUAUCCAUUACUGCUUGAAAGAAAGAGCAUAUCGUGGCAUCCUAAUUUCAAGCAUUGACGGAGACGCGGAGGCCCCUUCCCAUGCGCCGACCCCAGGUGAGUAGUGGGGUCACUGAAUCAGACAGUAUAUUGUAUUUUGUUUUCCAGUGUCUCAUUAAAUAAGCAAUGUUUGUGUCA